ACAAUAUUGAUAAUUUUUUGAAAAAAGCUAAGAAAUUUUGAGAUGCUUGUAAGAAUUACAAAGAAAUAAUUAUCGGUAAAAAAAAGUGAUACUAUCAGUGGAUUUUAUCUAAUCAAAAUAUAGAAUGAAUCAAAGGGUAUUUUUGUUGGUUCUUAUGGUGGUGGCAGUGGUAAAAGGAUUACCUGUAGAGAAAGGCACUGACAAGACGGCCAAAGCUAACCAGACGUUUGAAGUUAAAGUCGUAACAGGAGCCAAGCGAAGUGAGGUCGACUUUGAAAGAGCGGAAAAAGACGCUGGAAAAGCAGUUCUGAAACUAUUGGAUGCUAAAAUAGGGCGAAAAGUUCAAGAUGCGGCCAAAGAGGUCACCGAAUUCCUUACAUCUGCAGUAGGACAUCAUGCCUCAUCUAGAGCAGACGAUCUUCGAAGCGAUAAACAAAAAGAGAUUUCUCUUUUGCACUUGGGUGCAAACAAAGCUGUCUCCCAUGAAGUAAAACUGCAAGACAAAAAACCAAAGAAGAAAAAAGACGGUUCUUUCUUGGUUCACUUCAAAAUUCCAUACAUUGUAACACCAAUCAAACCAAAGAAGAAAUCCCAUCAUCAUCAUCAUCAUCAUCACCAUCAUCAUCAUAAGCAUCAUCAUCACAAACACAGCAAAUCUAAGAAUAUACAAGAUAUCCCUCCACCAAUCACAGUGGGUCAUAGCCCUUAUGGAGCGCCUCACCAAGCUUCACCUUAUCCAGGCACUGCAGCACCAGCAACAACUUAUUCCACAGGUAUGGCAUCUGCAGGUCUUAGUCCUUGCCAGGGAAUGUGCACAGCACCGUGUACACCACAGUGCACACCAAGCACUGAUUGUUGUUGUUGUCCUGACCAAAACGCGGCUGUCCAGCCAUCAGCUGUUCCAGUAGCAUUGCCUCCACCACCAAUGUUUCCUCCUCCCAUGCCACCACCACAAUCUCUUCCUCUGUCACCAGGAUCAUGUUUGCCUGCCUGCAGACGCCACUGUUUCAGCUACUGCCCUCGUGAGUGUUGUGGCAAGGCGGGAAAACGAAGUGAAGUAGCGGUGACCAAGAAAUCUGACAUAAAAGAGAAUUCAGAUAAGAAUGAUGAAAAAGAAGACAAACCACAGCCAAGCGGAGAAGAAACACAAGAAGCAACGAAGGAAAAUGACAACAAUGACAAACCGACAGAAGUCGUUAAACAAACUCAAGAAAAGGAUGAACAGGAAACUACGAAGACAGCUGAUAAUGCUGUUCAAACCCAAGAGAAGACGGAGAACGUUCAAGAAGAGCAAGCAGAAGGCGAUAAAGAGGAAACAAAAGCUGAUCAAGUAGCAAAGGAAACUGACCAGCCACAGCAGACACCAGAUCAGCCACAACAGACUGAACAACAAACACAAGAACAAACCCAACAAACUUCUGAAGACCAACGUGAAGAAGGUUCAGCAAACGAAGUCAAUGAUGAAGAUGACGUUACAUCAAAUGUCUAGCUCUUGUAAUUGGUCCCAGUAAUGUACUUAGGAAACAAUAUAGUUGUUAAAUAAUAUAAAUACAGCAAACUUUGUAAUACGGGAAAUGUUUUAGUUGACGUGUAAAAAUUCAAAUUCAAAUUAUUUUAGCAAUAUAUUUUGCAUUAGAUUAUGUAAUCUGUACGUCUGAGAUCUAAACAAGAUGGUUCGGGUUUACCUUAACUUGAUUAAUAAACGUCAGCCGUUUAUUUUUUCUAUAGGACUGGCAGAAAGGACAGAGCGGAAUAAAUAUUAAACAAAUGCGGUUGAUAUUCAAUAAUUUUGAAAUCGUUAAACUCAAAUUGUAGUGAUUUAAAAAAAUUGUAAAAGAAUCAUGGCAUGAGCAUAUUGCGAUAUAGUUUCAAAGCAUGUGUUAUUAUCGCUCAUCAUAGGAACAUUGAAUAACGAAUGAAAUAUAUAUAUACAUAAGGGUAUAACUGACUACAGACUACUAAUAAUACUUGUAACAUAACAUUUUGUUUAUUAAAACUCUUAUAUUGAGAGAAAAACUA